AUGUGGGAGGGAGCAGGACUGCAGGUGUUCCUUAUAUGUGUGGGUGCUGUGCUCUGCAGCAGUGUGGCGGCAGCUGCCUCAGGCCCAUUGGACCGUAGCCACCGCCACCACCUCUCCUUACACAGACACAGAGAGAGGGGGAAGGAGGGCCAGGUGCUCCAUCGCUCCAAACGAGGGUGGGUCUGGAACCAGUUCUUUGUCAUUGAGGAGUACACGGGCCCAGAUCCAGUAUUGGUAGGCCGGCUUCACUCAGAUGUAGACUCGGGGGAUGGCAAUAUUAAGUACAUUCUCUCAGGGGAGGGAGCAGGCACCAUUUUCGUCAUAGAUGAUAAAACGGGUAACAUCCAUGCUACAAAAACCCUGGAUCGCGAGGAGCAGGCCCAAUACACCCUGACUGCCCAAGCUGUGGCCAGGGACACCAACAAGCCUUUGGAACCUCCUUCUGAGUUUAUUGUAAAGGUGCAGGACAUCAAUGACAACCCGCCGGAGUUCCUUCAUGGCCCAUACUAUGCUCGUGUGGCCGAGAUGUCCAACGUUGGAACGUCUGUGAUCAAGGUCACAGCCACAGAUGCGGAUGACCCAACCUACGGAAACAGCGCUCGGUUGGUCUACAGCAUUCUGCAGGGCCAACCUUACUUCUCAGUGGAACCGCAAACAGGGAUUAUCCGCACUGCUCUUCCCAACAUGGACAGAGAAGCCCGACAGGAGUAUGAUGUGGUCAUCCAGGCCAAGGACAUGGGAGGCCAUAUGGGUGGGCUCUCAGGAACCACAGAGGUGAAAAUCACCUUGACUGAUGUCAAUGACAACCCUCCAAAGUUCCCACAGACUGUGUAUAACAUGGCCAUCUCUGAGGAUAAGGUCCCCGGAGAAGAGGUGGGCAGAAUCAAGGCCAAGGAUCCAGACUUGGCGGAGAACGGACUGGUGGACUACCGUGUAACAGGGGGUGAUGGUAUGAACAUGUUUGAGGUUACCAAGGACACAGAGACCCAAGAGGCCAUCAUUAAACUGAAGAAGACAGUGGACUUUGAGACCAAGCAGUUGUACAGUCUGGAAGUUGAGGCCUCCAAUCCACACGUAGAUCCCCGUUUCAUCGCAUGGGGACCAUACAAAGACAAGGCCACUGUGAAAGUGGCAAUCGAGGAUGCAGAUGAACCACCCAUCUUCCUGGCCCCUGGCUACAGCUUUGAGGUGGAGGAGAAUGCCCCUGAUGGCACGGUUGUAGGCCGUGUGUAUGCCAAGGACACUGAUGCAGCAAACAAUCCAAUUAGAUACAUGAUCCCUCGUUACACAGACUUGGGAGAAUUUUUCAGCAUUGGUCAUGAAGAUGGCACCAUUCGGACCACGAGACCUCUGGACCGAGAAACCCUAGCUUGGCACAACAUCUCAGUCAGCGCCACAGAGAUUGGGGGACAUCACCAAGACGCAAAAGUACGUGUCAACAUCAAAGUCAAAGACUUGAAUGACAAUGCUCCAGAGUUUGCCACUCAGAAUGAAGUCCUUGUGUGUGAGAAUGUCACUCCUGGCAAACUUAUCGAGACAGUGAGUGCUGUGGAUAAAGAUGAGAUGGCCCAUAGACAGCACUUCCACUUCAGCCUGGCCCCUGAGGUGGCCAAUAACCACAACUUCUCCUUGAAGGACAAUAAAGACAAUACAGCCAGCAUCUAUGUGGUGCGAAGGGGCUUCAGUCGGAUCACCCAGGAUAUUUAUUACCUUCCAAUAGAAAUAAAUGACAAUGGAGUUCCCCCCUUGAGCAGCACCAACACCCUGACGAUCCGAGUGUGCAGCUGUGACAGUAAGAACACUAUUCUGUCCUGCAAUGUGGAACCUUUCAUCCUUCCCGCAGGCCUAAGCACUGGAGCUCUCAUUGCUAUCUUGGCCUGCAUCGUAAUUCUAUUGGCAAUUGUGGUGCUUUUUGUGGCCUUGCGACGACAGAAGAAGGAACCACUGAUAGUCUUUGAGGAAGAGGACAUUCGUGAAAAUAUCAUCACCUAUGAUGAUGAGGGGGGUGGAGAGGAAGACACUGAGGCUUUUGAUAUCGCUACUUUGCAGAACCCAGAUGGUGCCAAUGGCUUUCUCCCACGCAAGGACAUCAAGCCUGAGCUUCAGUAUUCCAUGAGGCCCGGCCUUAGACCAGUAGCCAGCAGCGUGGAUGUAGAUGACUUCAUCAAAACUCGCAUCUCAGAUGCGGACAACGACCCAACGGCGCCACCUUAUGACUCCAUUCAGAUCUAUGGCUACGAAGGCCGAGGCUCAAUCGCUGGGUCCCUUAGCUCCCUGGAAUCAGUGACCACAGAUUCAGACCUGGACUACGACUACCUCCAAAGCUGGGGGCCACGUUUCAAGAAGCUCGCUGAUCUUUACGGCACCAAAGACUCGGCCGAAGACAACUCUUAA